AUGUUCAAAAGCAUUCUCCCCUCUCGCAGGAUCCCCGCCGCCGAGUUCCAAAUGCUCACCACCCCUACCGACCCGAUGGAAUCCGAGCCAAACGGCAAGGAGAACUACUUCACCUACAACGGCGCCUCCGACCCCAAUGCGAAACCCCGGACAGAGAAGAGAAAGAAAGCCAAAGGCAAGGCCCAACAAGGCGACGAGCCGCUAUCUGCUGAAGACUUCGAACGCUUGCUGGAUGACCUCCAGAUCCCAGCCACGCUGCGACCAAAGCUGGCCACUAUGGACCCGUCAGUGAAGGCGGCCUUUCUAAAGUCCUCUCACGUCCUUGCGGAGAUGAGGCCACCUGCAUCGGCAAACCCGCCCCUCACGCCUCGUGGCUUGCGCAAGGCCCACAGUAGCGAGUCCCUCGCAUCCAUGGCUUCUCCGCGGCCCAAGAAGCCGUCACUAGAGCAAUACGACCUCUCCCCCGCUCCGAGUCGCCGUUUCGUGUCGGGACACUCGAGAGGAGUGUCUAUGGAUGUUCGGCGGCAGGCCUUCGACACCGCGCCUAUCCCUGUUGCCCCUCUGAAGACGAACAAAGACAAGAAGAAGGCCGCGGUGAUCACGCCGGAGAAGUAUGUUGGCAUACUUCUCGGCCACUCCAGCACCACCCUGGACAUCGAGGUGGUGAAGAAGCUUCGGCUUCUUCUCCGGAACGAGUCGGCCAGUUGGACGGAUGUUUUCGUGCGGGCGGGCGGAUACGAAGCCAUCCUCACCCGUCUCAACGAGAUCCUAGAUGUGGAAUGGAGGGAGGAGCAGCACGAUGACCAGAUGCUCCACGAACUCUUGCGAUGCGUGAAGGCCCUCACGACAUCUUCUGUUGGGUGCAACGCUCUCCGGGCCAUUUGUCCAGCGCCGUUCGACAAGCUGGUGACCCUCCUGUACUCGGACAAGAGGCCAGGGGAGAUAGGGACGAGGCAGCUCAUCGUCGAACUGCUCCUUUCGCUGUUCGACCUAUACCCGCUGGGCUCGCUGCCGUCGAACGGCAGUCCAACUGCGGGCCUGUCCCACUCGCGUUCAAAGUCCGCACCCUGGGAGCUCUCGUCGCCUUCACUCGCUACCUCAAGUAGCCUCAUCACCCUCCCUCGACCACACCAAACGCUCUUCUCUCUCCUUAAGGCGCUUCUCCUGACUCGUGCGCCGCCACCGAGCGAGGCCCCCGGUACCCCCAUUGAGCCACAUGCGUUCAUUGAGGAGCUUCAUCGACCAAGGAUCUACAAGACCUACCUGCAGGAGAUGAGCGACGUCUGCAGGGACUACUUCUGGGUGUUCUGCCACCCGAGCAACACGAUCUGGGACCUCUCGGAGACGGAUGAGGCAAAGGUCGAGAAGCCUCGCGCCCCCGGUGGUAUGACGGGUGGUGUGGAAUUCGAAGCGAUGUGCUACAUGACGAUGCACCUGAAGUUCGUCAACGCGAUCGCGAGCUACGCACAUGCGUUGAACUUGCCGAAGGAGCACGAGCACUCGGCAUAUCGGUUCCACCACGACAUGUUCCAGUCGGGUGUCGAGCGAAUCCUCUCGAUUGCGCGGAAAGCGUCGACGACUUACUACCCGACGCUGCACCUCGAGAUCGCACGCUAUGUCUCCGCCGCAGGCCGCUCCGGGCUCGAAAUCCCUUGGAGUCUCUCCCGCAUCGUCGGCCAGCCGCCGACGGGGAUGCGCAAGCUACACGUCGCGCCGCCGCCUCCCAUGCACUCCUCGCGGAGCACCCCCACUACGCCAACGAAGCAGCGGUCGGGCGGGUACCUCCCCCAUCCAGUAUACCCCGCGCACCCGGUGGCGUACCCGGCGCGCGCAAGCCAGACCGCGCUGGCCGCGGGCGGCGAGCAGAGGCCUGCGGUCCCCGGGAGCAGGAAGGUGACGCCGAUGUUCAACUGA